GACUGCCAAAGGCGUACGUUUUUUGCACCAGCUCCCCGUGGUUCAACCGGGACACCGCUGCGGUUAUAAUCUCCGUCGGUUUCACGGAGUCUUCUUUGGGUAGCACCUCCCCAACCGCCAUUUUUCGCGACUCCAUGCAUAUAAAACGCGGUGUGCAAAUUACUAGUUUGUGAUAGGUUCCCAGAACGAUCCCCAUCAUGUUCAAACUAGCCGUUCACCUCUUUGUGCUUGGAGCACUAUUAGGCUCCUCGACGGGCGCACCCACCAGCACCGUGUCUUCUAGUUUAUUGUCCACUGCGUCUUCGGCAUCUUCAUCUGCAGCGCUGCCAUCCUCUAUCUCGUCCUCGAUCGAGCCAGUAACACCUUCUUCCUCAGCUUUGGCACCCAGUGCCACGGACCCACCUAUCUCUGAUGACCCCAAUGAUGUGGUACCAUCCCCCGUUCCCAUACGAGGCUCCCUCGGUGCAACUAUCCUCGGCCCAGACAACAAACCGAUCGACAUGGAGAACCCCGAUCUAUUGGCACCACCAACCACCGAUUUCGGUACAGUGGGGAAUGCCAAAUGGCCUUUUGCGUUAAGUCACAAUCGACUGCAGACGGGUGGAUGGGCUCGGCAACAGAAUGCCGCUGUGAUGCCGAUGGCGAGCCAGAUGGCUGGAGUUAACAUGCGGUUGGAACCUGGUGCGGUCCGCGAGUUACAUUGGCAUAAGACCGCUGAGUGGGCAUAUAUAUUGAAGGGCAAGACACAAGUUACUUCCGUAAACCAGGACGGUCAGAAUUUCUUGGCAACAGUCGGCCCUGGAGAUCUGUGGUAUUUUCCAGCAGGUAUUCCCCAUUCGCUGCAGGCUACAGCCGACGGUGAAGGGAGCGAGUUCCUCCUUGUAUUCGACAGUGGCGACUUCAGUGAAGAUUCCACCUUUCUUCUGACGGAUUGGUUGGCACACACGCCUCUGUCGGUAAUAGCGAAGAAUUUCCAAACAUCGCUUGAAUCCUUCUCGCAAAUUCCUUCAAAACAACUCUAUAUCUUCCCAGACACUCCUCCUGCUGAUGACGCAAAGGCGCCUGACAAUCCUCAGGGUCAAGUACCUUCGCCAUUCACUUUCCAGUUCUCCCAGGUGAAGCCGGUUCAGUAUUCGGGUGGUACUGCGAAGAUCGUGGAUUCCACAACGUUCAAGGUUUCGAAGACUAUCGCGGCUGCAGAAGUUACAGUGGAACCGGGAGCAAUGAGGGAAUUGCACUGGCAUCCAACUCAAGACGAGUGGACCUUCUUCCUCGAGGGCCAAGGCAGAAUCACGCUUUUCGCAGCCUCCAGUAAUUCAAGAACAUUCAAUUACCAGGCAGGGGACGUGGGUUAUGUUCCUGCUUCAUUCGGUCAUUUCGUCGAGAACACGGGUAACACCACCCUUCACUUCUUGGAGAUCUUCAAUACAGAUCGCUUCCAGGAUGUCAGCCUGAGUCAGUGGCUGGCUUUGACGCCUCCGGACCUCGUGAAGGCGCAUCUUCAGAUAUCUGACGAGACAUUUAGUCACUUCAAUAAAACGAAGCAAGUUGUCGUUGGGCCUGCUCGCUGAUGAUUGGGACUUGUAUGUUCUAUAUACCCACUUCGCGUUGCUCCUUCAAUUUUUAAUACUUGACACGUGUAUGAAUGAUUUCGUGGGCUGAGGAACACUGGGCAUUGGCAUAGUUUUCAAUCCUUCAUUGAACAUACUCAGCUGUAUCGGGUCGAUUAUCGGGU